AAGUAUUGCUGCGACCACGCACUAGAAUGGAGUUUUACAUAGACCUCAAUUUGGUUUGUGCUACACUCGGUCGGCUGAGCGAGAGGCACUAGGCACGCUUUGAAGAAAUGCAGGAACGAGGAGAACUUGACAAUGCCAUUUUUCAUGUUUGCAUUGCGCUUGGACUUUGUCCUGGAGGAUGGCUGGAUUUCCGCAAGGUGUUAUUACACUUUCUUGGCGAGUUUCUUGGCGAGCGUUUCAAACAGUACGGGAGAAUGGAAGACCUAGAGGAGGCCAUUGAGCAUCAUUGUGUUGCCCUGCAACAUUGCCUUGACAGCCAUCCCGAUCGUUCCAUGUUCCUGAAUAGCCUUGCGAAUUCCCUUCGGACUCAAUUCGAACAGAACGGACAGACUGAAAACCUCGAUGAGGCCAUCGAGCUUCAUCGUGCUGCCUUGCAACUUCGCCCCGAUGACCAUCCCAAUCGUUCCGGAUCCCUGAAUAACCUUGCGGGUUCCCUUCACUCUCGAUUUAACCAGCACAGACAGACUGCGGACCUCGUUGAGGCCAUCGAGCUUCAUCGUGCUGCUCUGCAACUUCUUCCCGACAGCCAUCCCGAUCGUUCCGCGUCCCUGGAUAACCUUGCGAGUUCCCUUCAGACUCAAUUCGAACAGAACGGACAGACUGAAAACCUUGAUGAGGCCAUCAGGCUUCAUCAUGCUGCCUUGCAACUUCGCCCCGACGGCCAUCCCGAUCGUUCCUCGUCCCUGUAUAACCUUGCGACUUCUCUUCAGACUCAAUUUAAGCAGAACGGACAGACUGCAGACCUAGAUGAGGCCAUCGAGCUUCAUCGUGCUGCCUUGCAACUUCUUCCCGAAGGCCAUCCCAAUCGUACCGCGUCCCUGGAUAACCUUGCAAGUUCCCUUCAGACUCGAUUUCGACAGCAUGGACAGACCGAGGACCUUGAUGAGGCCAUCGAGCAUCACCGUGCUGGCCUACAACUUCUUCCCGACGGCCAUCCCAAUCGUUUCAAGUCCCUGAAUAACCUUGCAAAUUCCCUUCACACUCGAUUUGACCAGUACGGACAGACUGAAAACCUUGAUGAGGCCAUCAAGCUUCAUCGUGCCGCCUUGCAACUCUGCCCCGACGGCCAUCCCGAUCGGUCCAUGUCCCUGGAUAACCUUGCAAGUUCCCUUCGAACUCGAUUUGAACAGAACGGACAGACUGAAAACCUCAAUGAGGCCAUUGACCAUCAUCGUGUUGCCCUGCAACUUUGCCUUGACGGCCAUCCCGAUCAUUCCACGUCCCUGAAUAACCUUGCGAUUUCCCUUCAGACUCGAUUUCAACAGAAUGGACAGACUGAAAACCUUGAUGAGGCCAUCGAGCUUCAUCGUGCUGCCUUGCAGCUUUGCCCUGCUGGCCAUCCUGAUCGUUCUGCAUCCCUGAAUAACCUUGCAGGUUCACUUCAGACUCGAUUUCGACAGUACGGACAGACCGCGGACCUAGAUGAGGCCAUCAGGCUUCAUCGUGCUGCCUUGCAACUCUACCCCGACAGCCAUCCCAUACGUUCCGGGUCCCUGAAUAACCUCGCUGGAUCACUUCAGACUCGAUUUCAACAGCACGGACGGACCGCGGACCUUGAUGAGGCCAUCAAGCUUCAUCGUGCUGCCUUACAACUCUGCCCCGACGGCCAUCCCAAACGUUCCGUGUCCCUGAAUAACCUUGCGGGUUCACUUCAGACUCGAUUUCAACAGCACGGACAGACUGCAGACAUUAAUGAGGCUAUUGAACUGAAUCAAUGUAUAAAAUCACUCGAAUGUGCUGCAGAACAUAUGUUUUCAAGCUUAGUGGAGCGUCUCAAGAGCGCUAGUCGAUGGGUUACACUUGCUCGAAAUCAUAGUCACCAUACCACAUCCAGGGCUUACAAGGUAGUAAUGCUGCUCCUGCAACGUUUCCUUGUCAUUCACCCUACCCUUUGUGCACAACACGAUUUCCUCAUUGGAAAACUCAACUACACAAUGCUCACAUUAGAUGCAGUGGCUUAUGCUGUAGAGGAGAAUAGGCUCGAGGAGGCAAUAGAGAUUCUUGAGCAAGGACGAGGUUUACUCUGGUCACAAAUGCGUGGUUUUAGAACACCGUUAGAUGACCUUGCAGAUACGAAUAGAGAGCUUGCCGAGAGAUUCAGGAUUGUUAGUCGGCAAUUGGAAGACCUUGCAACGACAUCUAGCGCACUGCGGAAUAAUUCAAGCACCGCCGGAAGCGGGUUAUCUGCACUGGACGUACAUGGAGAACGGAUUUUGUCUGAAGAGAGGCUGAAACUGAAGAAGAAACUCUCUAGCGAGCAGGAAGAGCUUAUCAGGGAGAUACAGCAAAUCCCUGGGUUCGAGAGCUUCCUUACAGCCACACCGUUUAAAGUACUCCAGCAAGUAGCUUCAGAGGGACCGGUGAUUGUGGUCAAUGUUAGCAGAUAUCGAUCCGAUGCGCUCAUUAUCCUCUCUCGUGAGGACCAGCCUGUCGUCUGUGUUCCGUUAGAUGGCGAGUUUUGCAAGGAUAGCGUUACUCUGCUCGGCGAUCUCUUAGAAGCACGAUUGAAAUCUAAAGUUUUCUCAGCAGAAUACGACGAGGUACUCCGACGAGCAAUGAAGGUGUUGUGGGAUAGGGUCGUCUCCAAAGUCGUCAAGAAACUUAAGGAGCUAGGGAUUACUGAGGGAUCGCGUAUUUGGUGGUGCCCUACGUCAUUUCUUUCCUCUCUUCCUUUCCAUGCUGCAGGCCCAUUCAAGGAUGCAGAUGGAACUGUGAAGUAUUUACUGGACGACUACGUGUCAUCAUAUACCCCGACACUCGUAGCUCUCAUCAAUGCCCGAUUAAGGGAAAACCAGGGCGAUCCUGCAAUGCUUAUCGUUGGCGAUACCGUUAGUCUUAAAUCAACGGAUGUAGAAAUUCGCACCGUUCGGAAUAAUACCCGGAGCUACGUUUCACGUCCCACAAUACUUCUCAACAAGAAGGCACUUCGCAGUACAGUAAUGGACAGUCUGCAGCUGCAGAAAGUCACGUGGAUCCAUUUUGCUUGUCAUGGACAUCUAGGCUCAGGGUCGCUUGAUUCUUCUUUUGUGCUUUCCGACGAGGGAUUGACAUUGCUCGAUAUCAUUCGAGCCAACCUUCCAAAUGCUGAGUUUGCGUUUCUCUCUGCAUGCCACACUGCGGAACAGGGUGAUUUUCGCUCGUUUGAUGAAGCCCUCCACUUAGCCGCUGCCAUACAAUUCUGUGGUUUCCGAAGUGUGAUUGGGACAAUGUGGGAGAUGUACGAUCCGGAUGGUCCUGUACUAGCUAGGGAAGUUUACUCAUACAUGGGAGACUAUGAGGACGGUGAAGUGAUCCACAAGCGGUCUGUAGCUGCGCUUCGUCAAGCUGUCUUGGCAUUGCGAGGACGGGAUGGCGUCACGACAGAGCGAUGGGUUAACUUGGUGCACAUUGGUGCUUGA